AUGGGUAGUAGACGUCAUAAGAAUAAGCAGCCGGCUCCACCAAGUUUGGAGGAGUUUCAGGCCAAAAAGGAAAAGAACGUUAAGAGCAAAGAGAAAAGGUCAAAAAGAUCAACCGAAGAGACUGUAGAAAAAGUGAAGAAAAGAAAGACUCAGAAGAAAGCUCAGGGUGUUAAAGCUUUAGAAGAAGAGCAUUCUGCAUCUACUAAACCUAUCGAAAAGUUUGAAGACGAGAAAAAAUCCCUGUUUGAUGAUGAUGUUAACAAUGAUGAGGUGGAUGAUGAGUUGAAGGAUGAGUUUGACUUGGAGCAAGAAUAUGAAGAUGAGGAUGCUGACGAAGCUCAUGAACGUCCAUUAUUCUCAGAUGAUGAAGAAGUCGAUAUAGAUGAAUUGAAUGCUGCAAAUAUUGAAGCAUUAUCCAUGAAGCUGGAUGAAGAAGAGGCAUUAGAAGCUGAGGAGGCUGAAAAGGAAUUAGUAGAAGCCGAUCAGUUGCAACCAAGAGCUGAAAUUCUACCAACAGAGGAGCAAGAAGAAAUUGAGGAGCACAAUCCGCCAAAUUUAACUGCAAUAAGAACUAGAAUGAUUGAAAUCGUUAAAGUUUUAGAAAACUUUAAAAGUUUGGCAGAGGAAAACAAAUCCAGGUCUGAAUAUGUCGCGCGAUUAUUGAAAGACAUUUGCAAAUACUUUGGCUAUAAUUCAUUCUUGGCAGAAAAGCUAUUCAAUUUGUUUUCUCCUGCAGAAGCUCUAGAGUUUUUCGAAGCCAACGAAGUCUCUAGACCCAUUACAAUUAGGACAAAUACGUUAAAGACGAGAAGAAGAGAUUUGGCCCAGACUUUAGUUAACAGGGGUGUUAACCUGCAGCCAAUUGGUACUUGGACUAAAGUGGGCUUACAAAUUUUUGAUUCCCAAGUUCCUAUUGGUGCCACUCCUGAGUAUUUAGCCGGUCACUAUAUUUUGCAAGCAGCCUCUUCUUUCUUGCCAGUCAUUGCCUUGGAUCCACAAGAAAAUGAACGUAUUUUGGAUAUGGCUGCUGCACCUGGAGGUAAAACCACCUAUAUUUCCGCUCUGAUGAAGAACACUGGUUGUGUCUUUGCUAAUGAUGCCAACAAGGCGAGAACCAAGUCAUUGAUAGCUAACAUUCAUCGAUUGGGUUGCACUAAUACAAUUGUAUGCAACUAUGAUGCUCGGGAAUUUCCUAAAGUUAUUGGUGGUUUCGACAGAAUUCUUUUGGAUGCUCCAUGCUCAGGUACCGGUGUUAUCGCUAAGGAUCAAUCAGUUAAAGUUUCACGUACGGAGAAGGACUUCAUGCAAAUUCCCCAUUUGCAGAAGCAAUUGAUUUUAUCAGCUAUAGAUUCAGUUGAUUCUAACUCAAAAACUGGCGGUAUUAUUGUAUAUUCUACUUGUUCUGUUGCUGUUGAGGAAAACGAGGCAGUUGUUGAUUAUGCUCUAAGAAAAAGACCAAAUGUCAAACUAGUUGACAGCGGAUUAGCCAUAGGUAAAGAAGGCUUUACAAGUUAUAGAGGCAAAAAAUUCCAUCCAAGCAUUAACCUCACUAGAAGAUACUACCCACAUACUUAUAACGUAGACGGAUUUUUUGUUGCCAAAUUCAAAAAACUAGCCCCAUCAAAGUUUGAUGAUAAUCAGUCAAGUGCUAAAGAAAAGGAAAUCGCUGCCAGAAAGGAAGCGUUGGAAGAAGGUAUUAUUCAUGACGAUUUUGCGGACUUCAAUAAAGACGAAGAUGAGAAAUACAUUAACAAGGCUAAGAGAAACAGUCUGUUAAAGAAAGGUAUAAACCCUAAAGCAAAACUUCCAACAACGGUAUGA